UUAAAUCCGUAGCAAACGAACGCCAUUACCGAACGUAGAAAACUUAAAUCCGUUGGAAUUAACAGACUAAGAUGAUAGUCAUUUCCGCACAUCGGAACAGAGAUGAGAGGAAAGGUUAGAGCGUGAGCGGAUCCAGAUCUGAUCUGAGUUGAAAACCACCGCGAUUCGAUUUGCGUUGCGGAGAAUGGAGUCUGCAUCGGAAUCGGAGAUGGCGCUUCCUCUUCCCCUUGCGUCGGAGUCACAGCAACCCUACGUCUCCGAGCUUCUUUCCUUCACGCUCGAUCGCCUCCACAAGGAACCCGAACUCCUCCGCGUCGAUGCCGACCGCAUUCGCCGCCAAAUGCAAGAGGUUGCCGUCGGGAAUUACCGCUCAUUCAUCGCCGCCGCCGACGCCUUAAUCGCCAUUCGCAAGGAAGUCUCCUCUAUUGACAACCACCUUGAAUCUCUGAUAAAUGAGAUCCCAAAGCUUACAUCUGGAUGCACUGAGUUCAUAGAUUCUGCCGAGCAGAUUUUGGAGAAGAGGAAGAUGAACCAAACAAUGCUAUCUAAUCACAGUACUUUGCUUGACUUGCUAGAAAUUCCUCAACUCAUGGACACAUGUGUACGAAAUGGGAAUUAUGAUGAAGCCCUAGAUUUGGAAGCAUUUGUAGGCAAACUUUCAACCAUGCAUCCGAAGUUACCAGUAAUUCAAGCUUUGGCCACAGAAGUUAGGCUGACUACCCAAUCACUUCUUUCUCAGCUUCUACAGAAACUUCGCUCAAAUAUUCAGUUACCUGAAUGCCUCCGCAUUAUUGGAUAUUUACGGCGAAUAGGAGUAUUUAGUGAGUAUGGAAUGCGUUUGCUGUUCUUAAGAUGCCGAGAGGCAUGGCUUACUGGUAUACUUGAGGAUCUGGACCAGGCAAAUCCGUAUGAAUACUUAAAAGGGAUGAUAAACUGUCACAGAAUGCAUCUUUUUGAUGUUGUUAAUCAAUAUCGAGCAAUAUUUGCCGACGAUACAUCAGGAAGUGAGGAAAAUUAUGAUGGUGGCCUUCUUUUUAGUUGGGCAAUGCACCAAAUUACCUCACACUUACAAACUUUGAAAAUUAUGCUUCCAAAGAUAACUGAAGGUGGAUCACUGUCAAAUAUUUUGGAUCAGUGCAUGUACUGUGCUAUGGGACUUGGUUGGGUUGGACUUGAUUUUCGAGGCUUGCUCCCAUCACUUUUUGAAGAAGCUGUUCUCAACUUAUUCUCCAAAAAUAUGAGUACUGCAGUAGAGAAUUUUCAGUUGGUGUUGGAUUCACAUCGGUGGGUUCCCCUGCCAGCAGUUGGCUUUUCUUCAAACACUAUUGGUGAUGAAAGUCUCGAGGAUAUUACUCCACCCUCAAAUUUGAUGGAGCAUCCACCUCUUGCCGUUUUUAUUAAUGGUGUAUCUGCAGCAAUGAAUGAGCUACGUCCAUGUGCCCCAAUAAGUCUAAAACAUGUCCUUGCCCAAGAACUGAUUAAAGGAUUACGGACCGUUUCUGAUUCGUUGUUGCUGUACAAUACAACUCGGGUGCUAAGAACUAACGAGUCAGGACUUUUCCUCUCACUCUGCCGGGCAUUUAUCGAGGUUGCUUACCCUCAUUGUGCAACUUGUUUCGGGCGUUGCUAUCCGGGUGGAGCAACUCUUGUUAUGGAUGCAAAGAAUGUUUAUGAUGGAAUCAGCCGCCUAUUAGAAACCUCCUCUGCAAGAGAACUCCCAAAACCGGUGAACAUUGGAGAAUCGAAGAGCAUAGCUGAGAAUGGCGAGGUGCCAAAAUUGGAAAAUGGAGAAACAUCUGAUGCCAAAGAAUCUGAAGCCAUCAAUGGUGAUGAGGUGAUUGAAGUCCCUACUACUUCGCAGACAGAUCAGGAAGAAACUAAUGUUGAGAAGCCGCUUGAAGAAUGACAUUUAGAGAUGAUCAAAGUUUUUAUUUUUUAUUUUUGAUAUUGAAUCCUGUUUCAGUGUUUAUAUUUUGGUCCCGUUCGUAAUAUUCUUAGACGAGUGGCCUCAGCUGUAAUUAUAUUAUCGAAUUACUUAUGAAUAGGGCGUAGAAAGCAUUAAUUGUUAGAAGACCAAAGAGAAUUUUGGCAGAUUACUUGUAGAGAUCAGUUUUGAUUUUCCAGGGAUAAUUUCUUCAUAUAUUGCAGAUAUACAUUGUACGUU